AGGGUUACCUGCACUACGGGAAGGAGGUUCUGCAGAGGACAGAGCCACCAGUGGUGAAGGUGACGCGCCAGGCGCACUCAGAUGGCAUGGAGACCCUCGUCUGCCGAGCCCACGGCUUCUACCCCAAGGAGAUCGAUGCUAACUGGAGGAAGGAUGGAGAGGUCUGGGAGGAGGGCACCUUCCGUGGCCUCAUCGCCCCCAACUCAGACGGGACUUACCAUGCCUUGGUUGGCAUCCAGAUCAACCCAAAGGACAGGGAACUUUAUCAGUGUCAUGUGGAGCGUGACGGCCUAAAGGAGCCUCUGGAUGUGGCCUGGGAGGAGCCUGCCUCCAACAUAGCACCCAUUAUUGGGUGUGUUCUGGGGGCCAUCCUGCUGGGAGCAGCUGCAAUUGCUGAGAUCAUGUUGUACAGAAAAUGGCAGUCAGGAUUCAAAGAAGCGCCAACAAGUGGCCAAGGGUCUGACAACCAAGGGUCUGACAACUCCAGCAAGGGGAGCAACCUGGCCAUCUAGGAGCCCCAAAGCAGUAUGACCAACAAUGUCAGCGCAACG